UAUUAUUCUCUCUUGUACCUUUCAGCUUUUUGCUUCCCAAGAAAUAAAUAAGUUUUUAUCUCAUUACCAAAUGCCAACCAAAUGUAAAUAAUUCUCCUCUUAUAUAUACAGGAAGCAGGUCCAUUUUUGCUCUCAGUCAUCUCUGUCUCCCUCUCUUCUGGUUGGCUUUUUUUCUAAAGGCACUUAGCUUUCAAUUUUUGGAUGUUAUCAGAGCAACCCACCAGUGGCAGAUUGGAGUGGUAUGAUGAGCAAAAGCAGUGGUUUUGGUGAGGAAAGAAAUGGUGAAGAUUUUGAAGAAGAAGAUGUGUGGGGUUUUGUAAAGGAGAGGGAAAACUCAAGUCCCAAGAAGCUGAGGAAUUCCAAAAAUAAUAGCUCCUCUACUUCUUCUUCUUCCUCUUCCUCCUCUGCAUCUGCAUGGCGCCUACCUACUGCUGCAAGAACAAUCCCAUGGGCCCAUAAUAAUCGUCCGGCUGACCAUGAAGUCCAAAAAUCAGCUCCUGUGGCAAUCCCUGAUUGGUCAAAAAUUUAUGGCAAGAGUGCCGAGAUUGGUUCUUCGGUUCAUGAUGAUGAUGAUGUGUAUGGUGUCAAUAGGGAUGGCGAUGGUGAUGGUGGUGUCAUUGGUGAUGGUGAUGAUGAUGACAUGGUUCCUCCACAUGAAUGGGUUGCCAGAAAGCUUGCAAGAAGCCAGAUUUCAUCAUUUUCUGUGUGUGAAGGGAUUGGAAGAACACUCAAAGGAAGAGAUCUCAGCAAAGUAAGGAAUGCUGUUUUGACUAAAACUGGUUUCCUAGAGUAAUUAUUUCAAAGAGCAACUUGGAACAAGUUCAUCGCUGACGUUUCAAUCCAAUUACUAUAAUGUGACGUCACGAUUUUAGUACACCAGUUUAAAGUCCUUUCUCAACAGUUUUACCAUAUUUUUAUUUAUUUUGCUUUUCUUUAAUUACUGUUAGCAAAUAUAGUAGGUGGAAGUGGAACUAGGUAGAGCGAGUUAGAGGUGCCCUCUUACGGUGUGUGAUAUUUUCCAGUAAAAACACGAAGGAAAAAGAUGGAAACCAUUUGGCAGCCUCUGAGAUUUUGUAUGGUAGUCACUACUUGUCAAGUAAAUAAGGAAUUAGUUAA